AAUGAAAGACUCCAUUAUGAAUUCUGUAUAAUGGUGUUUUAUCGUUGUAAGCGCUAUACCAAUUUUACUAUUCUUUUGGCGGCACUGCAAAACUGAUGGCUCUAAGAUCAGAUGGUGUCUAGGUUUGAAAUCUUUUUAUUUUUUCAUUUUUUUUUUAAAUUUUAUUGCUUAGAAUCAAAAAAUUAUAUAAGAAAACAUAAGAAAUUAAAAGACAAACUUCAACUUCAAGCCUACUGUACAAGUCAAAAUGACGAUAAUAAGAAUAUGUUAAUUAGCAAUUUUUUUUUUCUUAAACGAAAGAUUAUAAAUUUUCUUCUGAGUUGUUGUUAUUAUUAUUAUUAUUAUUAUUAUCAAUAUUAUUAUUUUCAACUUUUACUUGUGAGUUUAUUUAUUAAGUCAUUUGUAUAUCUACCAAUCUUGUAUGUUGGGUAUGUGACUUUGAAAAAUGAUACUGCUAUGUACCACGUCAGCAAAAUGAGGUGGCAUACCCAUGCGAUUAUUGAGAGAAGACUUUCUUAGUCAAUUGGAGCGUGCGGCCCACUCGUGAUCAGACAUAACGGUUUUUUGGCGGCAACACUCUCAUUGCAGUACAAGUUGUUUCAAUUUCCGGAAUGUUACAAAACCAAGCUCUUCUCCUUUCGCUCUCUCACUUCGCAUUUUUCUUUUCUUCUUCAUCUCUCUCUCUCUCUCUCUCUGCGUGUUCGAGCUCCACAGCUCCGUUGGCAAUGGAAGAUCUUCCGGAAUUUGGACGCCAAUCAUUGAAACAAGUUCACGACAACCUUUAUCGUAACAUCAUUCUCGAUCCGCUAUGUUUGAAGUUCAUUGACACUCCUCAGUUUCAGAGGCUUCGUGACCUAAAGCAGCUUGGUCUCACAUACAUGGUUUACCCUGGUGCUGUACAUUCUAGGUUUGAGCAUUCACUUGGGGUGCAGUGGCUGGCUGGUGAAGCUAUUACUAAACUUGCAGGAUUUCAAGAGAUGGAGCUUGAUAUCAAACGCAAGGAUAUACAGGCAGUCAAACUUGCUGGACUUCUGCAUAAUGUCGGGUAUGGGCCUUUCGGUCACUUAUUUGAGCAUGAAGUUCUUCCCAAGAUUCUUAAUGGCAAUAAUUGGUCUUGUGAGGAUAUGACUGUAAAGAUGAUCGACUACAUUGUUGAUGAGAACAACAUAGAAGUUGAUCCUGAAACUCUUAAGAAAGUGAAGGAAAUGGUCAUUAUUAGUAAUGAAAAGAGUGCCAAGGAAAAUCGUUUCUUAUAUGAAAUUGUUGCAAAUGGUCGAAAUGGAAUAGAUGUUGACAAGUUUGAUUACAUUGUUCGUGACUCUCGGGCUUGUGGUAGGGGCUGCGAUGUUCAGGUUCAGAGGUUAAUGGAAUCAAUGCGAGUAAUGGACGAUGAGAUAUGCUAUCGUGCUAAUGAUUAUCUGACAAUCCACAACCUAUUUGCUACUCAUGCUGAUUUACAUCGAACAGUCUAUUCACAUACCAAAGUGAAGGCUGUAGAGCACAUGGUAGUAGAUGCUCUGAUAAGCGCAGAUUACUAUUUAGGCAUUUCCGACUAUGUUCAUGACCCGGCUGAAUUUAUUCAGUUGGAUGACACGCUUUUGAAUCUUAUCGAGAGCACUCCAAAAUCAAAUAUCGAGAUGUCUAAGGAGUUGGUACAGCGUAUUCGAAGAAGAGAACUAUACGAGUUCUGUAAUGAGUGUUCUGUUCCGAAGGACAUGAUGGACCACUUCAAGGACGUAACUUCCAAAGAUAUAAUUUGUUCCCAGAGGCCCGGUGACAUUUUACUCAAUGAAGAAGAUGUUGUUGUCAGCAAUGUUAGAAUUGAUUUGAGUCGUGGAAAACAUAACCCUCUUGAGAGCAUCAAUUUUUUUCAGGAUUACGAGAGCAAAGAAAAGUUUCCAAUCCAUGAUGAUCAAAUCAGUAACUUGCUGCCUUCAUAUUGUCAAGAUAUGAUAGUAAGGGUGUACACAAAGGAUCCUAAAUGGGUUGACGAGGUUUCUGCGGCUUUUGAAAAUUUCCAGCAAAAGACAUUUGGGACUAAAAUACAGGUACAUGCAACCUCAGAGAAGAGGAAACGUCGUGGUGACCAGAAGUUUAAGGCUUCUCUGCAAUAGUCAUUCGAAUGAAGGAGAUAGUGUUCCUGACCGUUGUCCACUUUAUGUAGUUUGAAUAUAUGUUGAAAACGAGAACCUUUUGGAUUAGAAUUUUAUAUUGAUGUAUUUCACUUUCUGUCAUAACAAUUGCCUGCAAAUUGUGCGUUUUGCUGUUUCCAGUAUAC